AUGGAAGUUGAACGCAACACAGGAAAUGAUAAACUUAGAUAAUAAGCCGAAGAACACAAAAAUAAAGGAAAUGAUUAUUUUAAAAGAGGAUUAUACUCAAAUGCUGCUGAAGAAUACGAAAAAGCCAUAGAACUAUGCACAAAUGAAGCCAAUUAUUACGGCAAUAGAGCUGCCUGCUUUCUUCAAAUGAAAAAGUAUAGCAAAUGUUUGAAGGACUGCGAAUAAGCACUUAGCUUGGAUCCCAAUAACAUCAAAUUUCUAAGAAGAAAAGCCUUGAGUUUGUAAUAUUUGGGACUCUUGACUGAAGCCAAACCUAUUUUUGAGCAAAUUGCCAAUUUAGAUAAUAGCGAGUAAUCCCUCAAAGAACAUAAACUAAUAAAAGAAUUGAUCACUUACUUGUAAUAAGCAAGACAGAAGUUGGAUGACAACCAAUAUAAGGAAGCCUUAACCUUUAUUGAGAGAGUUGCCAAGGAAGUACCAGAUGCUGUAGAUAUUCAAAUCCUAAAUUGCGAAUGUCUGGCCAGAACAUCCAAUAUCAAUUAAGCCUAAGAAUAAUUGAGACUUAUUUAAGAUAAGCAUGGGCCGAGAGUUGAAACUUACUAUUUAAAGGGUUUGAUAGAAUUAUACGGAGGAAGUCCAGACAAGGCUAAAUCCAUUCUCUAAGAAGGCUUAAGACAGGAUUAGAAAAACAAAAAGUGCUUGGCUGCUUUUCAAAUGGCAAAAGAUUAGGAUAGCUAUAAAUCAAAAGGAAAUGAUUGUUUAAAUUCAAAUAGAUUUGAUGAUGCUAUUGAUUUUUAUACCAAAGCCUUAGCAGUUGAUUCCAACAAUUUUAAAUUCAAUUCCAUAAUUUAUGCAAACAGAGGAUUGGCUUAUUAGAAAAAGAAGGAUCAUUAGAAAGCAGUUAAUGAUUUUGAUAAAUCAAUUGAAUUGAAUGACAGAUAUUUCAAACCUUACUUGAGAAGAGGAGAUUCAAGAUAAGAAUUAGGAGAUCUGGAUGGUGCAUAAGGUGACUAUCAGAAAGUGAUGGAAUUGGAUCAAGGAUCAAUAUAAUAGAUGAGAUAGAAGAUUAAUGAUCUAACAAGAAAACAGAAAUAAUUAUCAAAAAAGGAUUAUUACAAGAUCUUAGAUGUCGAGAAGAAUGCUACAGAUGCAGACAUUAAGAAGGCUUAUAGAAAAUUGGCUUUGUAAUGGCAUCCAGAUAAAAACAAAGAGAAUGAAGAAUAGAAGAAAUUAGCUGAUAAAAAAUUCAGAGAAAUUGCUGAAGCCUACAGUGUGUUGAGCGAUAAAAAUAAAAGAUAACAAUUCGAUAUGGGAGUAGAUCCAAAUGAUCCAAUGGGAGGAGCAGGAGGAUUUGAAACAAACAUUGAUCCAUCCUAAAUAUUUAAAAUGUUCUUUGGUGGAGAAGGAGGAGGUGAUUUUGGUAUUGGAAAUAUGGGAGGAGGAGACUUCCCAGGAGGAUUCAAAACUAUGUUUACAACUAACUUAGGAGGGAUGGGUUAGAAUAUGAGAGGAGGAUAAGGAUUCCCAUUUUAAUUUGGAGAUUUCUCUUAAUAAGGAGGGGCAGGAUUCCCUGGAUUUUAAUUCCCAGGAAUGCAAUUCACAUAACAACAAUAAAGAAGAAAAUGA